ACCCCUUUCAUAUAGCAGUAGUACAAUAACACAGAGAAAUGGCCGGAUCAGUUAAAGUCCUCUUCUUCUUAGCUCUCGUCCUGUGCUCUACUUUAUUAGUCUAUGCAGCAAGACCAGAACCAGCUUUUUCAGCAGUCAAUUAUGCGAAAACCCGACUCGAGGGUGUUGAAACAGAACAGGUUGAUGAGGUGAUGGGUGAGAGCUGUGAAGGAGUUGCAGAGGAGGAGUGCUUGAUUAGAAGGACUCUGGCUGCUCAUGUCGAUUACAUCUAUACACAGAAGCAUAAUCCCUGAAGUUUCUUUGUUAACUACAUGUAUUGUGAUUAUGUACUGAAUAUGUAUGAAAUACUUGUUUGGAAUAACAAGAAAUAUUCAGAGCA